AUGGCUAGUAAUGCAAAGGAAACAAUUUUGUAUAUAACAAUCUCUUUGGUCGCUUUUGUAAUUGGUAAAAUCGUAAUCGCUCUUCUUCUUUACAAGAGAUGGAAGAAGAAACACACACUUCAUACAAAUGGAUUUCCAGUUAAAGGAGGAGGGAAAAUGGUGAUGUUUAGAUCUCCAUUACUUAACUCUGUUUCUUCCGACAUGUUUAUGAAGAAGACACAUAAGUUAAAUAACAAAGACAUUCUUGGUUCUGGUGGAUUUGGAACUGUUUACAGAUUAGUCAUUGAUGACUCUACAGCUUUUGCUGUGAAGAGACUAAACAGAGGAACCUCUGAGAGAGACAGAGGGUUCCAUAGAGAGUUAGAAGCAAUGGCUGAUAUAAAACAUAGAAACAUUGUAACUCUUCAUGGCUACUUCACUUCUCAGCAUUACAAUCUCUUAAUCUAUGAGCUAAUGCCUAAUGGAAGCUUGGAUUGUUAUCUACAUGAUAGGAAAGUUUUGGAUUGGGGGGCGAGAUAUAGAAUCGCGGUCGGAGCGGCUCGAGGGAUUUCUUACCUUCAUCAUGAUUGUAUCCCUCACAUUAUCCAUAGAGAUAUCAAAUCUAGCAAUAUACUUCUUGAUCAUAACAUGGAAGCUAGGGUUUCGGAUUUCGGUUUAGCCACUUUGAUGGAGCCAGAUAAGACUCAUGUUUCGACAUUCGUAGCUGGAACAUUCGGAUACUUAGCUCCUGAGUAUUUCGAUACGGGUAAAGCGACAGUGAAAGGCGAUGUUUAUAGUUUCGGAGUUGUUCUUCUUGAGCUUUUAACAGGAAGAAAACCAACCGAUGAUGAGUUUUUUGAAGAAGGAACAAAGCUUGUUACUUGGGUAAAAGGAGUGGUAAGAGACCAAAGAGAAGAGGUGGUGAUAGAUAACCGGUUAAGAGGAUCACCGGUUCAAGAAAUGAACGAUGUUUUUGGUAUAGCAAUGAUGUGUCUUGAACCGGAACCGGCUCUUAGACCGACCAUGACCGAGGUGGUCAAGUUGCUCGAAUAUAUCAGACUUUCGAAACGUUCUUCCUUUUGA